AUGUUCCGCCACGUGGCAGCACGACAGCGGCAGCUGACGAGAGCCACGUCGCUCGUCGUAUCUUCCGCCGCACCGUCCGCCGCUGCAUUCGGAAGCCGUAGUUUCGGAAUCAGAUCGGCGUUUUCCACGUGGCAAGUCCACCUGUUGCCACGUGUCUUCAACUUGCCGUUGUCGCCACAGGAAGAAGCCGCUGUUAUGGGCCAUGGGUAUCCCAGCCUCUCCGCGCCACCAUCCCCAUCAUCGUCACCAUCAACAUCGCUGCACCAGGCAGGAAUGAUUGCCACCAGAAGCUGCUCGCCUCUCAUCCCAUCCUCCUCCCUUUUCCCUAGCCAUGGAUUUGCCACGUCAGCCAUAGCGGCUGCAGCCACGUCAGCCUCAUCAACAUCAGCCGCGUUCGCAGGAGCAUCCACGUCAGCAUCAGCAAGAUCAGCACCAUCAGCAGCGUCUGCAGCAGCAGGGGCAGGAGGAGUAGGAAUGGGAGCAAUGUCAACAGGGAGGGUCGGAGAUGCAGCAACAGGGGAACAGGGGGUGGGAAAUGGGAGGAUCCGAGUGAAGACAAAAGCGCUGACGAAGCAAGCAAAGCACAUCAUGAAUAUCCUGGAUGCGGAGGCAACGGGGGUGCUGCGCCAGGAGCGCAACAUGCCGGACUUCAAGCCGGGGGACGUGCUCUCCAUGAAGAUUGAGGUGCCUGAGAACAAGCGGCGCACGUCGAUAGUGAAGGGCAUCGUGAUCGCGCGCAGGAACGCCGGCAUCGGCUCCACGUUCCGCAUCCGGCGCAUGCUGGCCGGCGUGGGCGUCGAGAUGUCCUUCCCCCUGUACUCGCCCAUCAUCAAGGAGAUCACAGUGAUAGGCACGCGCAAGCGGCGAACCACCGUAACAGUGGCAAUGUCGGGCGAGAGCGAGAUGGGGCUGAUGGCGGCGGGGACGGGCAAGGGCGACGAGCGCAAGGAGGCGCAGCGGAUGAAGAAUGUUCGCUUCUCGGGGAACGACGACGACGACGACGAUGAUGACGCCAAGCCACGGCGCGCGGUGCUGCCGGAGAAGAAGCCGAAGAAGGCAAAAGGCGCGCCCGCCGCCGCCGCUGACGUCAGCGCGAUGGAUCUCGACGACCUCGGCGCGGAGCCCGGCGCGGCUGGCGGAGGCGCCGUGGGGGCGGCGGCGCUGAUGGACUCCGCGGACCCGCGCGUGGCGGCGCUGGCGCGCGCGCAGCAGCGGAAGAAGGGGAAGAGCAAGUGGGGGGACACGGCUUUCGGGGGCGUGGAGGACGUGGUGCGCGCCGAGGAGGACUUCCAGGGGAACAGGGAUAGGGAGGGAGCAGGGGAGCAGAAAGAGAGGGCACGGGCAGAAGGAAGGGGUGGGGGGGGGAAAGGGAAGGUGGGUGAAGUGAGGGAGGGGAUAGAUAUGGGAGGAAAAGGGAAGGGAGCAGAGGGGACGUAUGGAGGGAGAGCGUGGAUGGAUGUGGAUGGGGGCGAUUGGCCUGUGAGUGGAUGGGCGCAUGGUGGGGCGGCAUGGUGGCAGGGCGAGGAGGAGGAGGGGGAGGCGAUGGAGCCGUUCAACCUGCAGCACGAGCGCGAGGAGGGGUACUUCGAUGCGGAGGGCAACUACGUGGAGUAUAGGGAGGACACCGAGGCCACGGUGAGAGGAGAGGACACCGAGGCCACGGUGAGUGCAGGGCGGCCACGCUGA